AUGGGAAGCGGAACGUUGAAAGUGACGCGGGCGUACGUGGCUGACAAGACCACCAAGGAGCAGCGAACCUACCUCCUCGCCUAUACCAGAUCUCAGCAGUACGCCGGGUUUACCGUCAUGCCGAUUCUAGGUGGGUUCUUCAGCUACCUCCUGGGCUCGACGGAGAUCCCGCUGCUGGGGCGCUUCCUCUUGCUGACGCAAUUCACGGCCCCUGCCUUCUUCGUGGCGGAAUUAAAGAAGCCGGCGAAGACUACUUCCUCUGGGAAGGAGCUGUCCGGAACUGCGUCGGGGGUCACCCCGACCACUGAUCUAGGCAGCGAUGACAGCGGCGGUCUUAGCGACGGCGAUGUCCCUGACCAAGAACAUCAAGACCUUCGGCCGGCGGCGGAGUAUUCCCCUCCGGGAAGCGUCAGCAGCAACAGCAGCGGUCCUCGCACCGGAAGGGGAAGCCCCCCGUCAGUUGUCGGGCAGUACGUCGACACCUCCGGCGACGGCGACUCGGGCGGUAGCGACGACGACAAGGGAAUGGGACAUGUGGAAGGCGGGUAUCAGACGGGGUUAGGGUCGGCGGGGAACAGAGCGGGAGUGGAAGUGACGUUCCAUGAUUCAGUUCAACAUGAGGCGAAACACGGGGAUGUGGUGGGAAGGGAGACGUCGACGCUGGGGGAAGGGGGUUGGCUCGCGCGGAAGCUCCGGCUCCGCCUUCCGAGCAGGGGAGACAUGCAUAUCUACGGCGGUUUCCUCCUCAACGUCAGCACCAAGGGCACCAUCUCGUGCUUCGAGACCAUCGGCGCGGCGUACGCGAUCACAACAUUUUCGCUCACCAACGCAGAGGCCGGCUCCAUUUUCGCGGCCUGCGGAGCGAUCGGCGUGGUCACCCUCCUGUCGAUGCGGCUCCUGUGCAAGCACUUCAACGACAUCCAGCUGGUCCUGGGAGGGGUGUCGCUCAUGAUCGUGACGUGCGCCAUGCUGGCCUUGCCCCCCACGUUCAUCGGCUUGCACGUGUUCAUCGCGGCGGUGUUCUUGGUAUACUCCAUCGGAUAUCCUAUCGGCCACACGGCGGUUCUGGCAUUGUUCUCGAAAAUGGUGGGAACCCAACCCCAGGGAACACUGAUGGGCUGGUUCGGGUCGGCCGGCGCAAUAUCCCGUGCUAGUUUCCCCGUCCUCGCUGGCGUGCUGUGUGAAGUGCUCGGAACCUCGGCGCUGUUUCUGUUCUUGGUGGCCAUGCUCUCCGUCCCGAUCGCGCUGCUGUUCACUUUCCGGAGGCCGUACCUGGAUUGCAUCGAGAUCACCAACAGGCGUAAGGCGGCCGUGGGAGCAGCCAGCCCGCUCGCUCGUGGCGUCGACAAGUAG